AUGAUGAGAUUCGGCUGCUCUCGGCUUGUGAUCGAAAGGCUCGAUCCUCUGGUGAACCCAGGCAUGAUCGGGUCUCCCCAUACCCACCAGAUCGUUGGUGGGGACGCCUUCAACGCGACCAUGCAGCCUGUCGACCCGGACCCCUCUACGGUCGCCAGCUGCACGAGCUGUACUUUCAGCGAGGACUUUUCCAACUAUUGGACCGCCAACUUAUACUUCCGAGCUCGCAAUGGCACCUUCAAACGAGUCCCUCAGAUGGUCAACCUCGGACUGGAGGGCAACGAGGGAAUCACUGUAUACUAUAUCCCACCGUACGAUGGCGUGACGAAUGUCACUGCCUUCAAGCCCGGUUUUCGUAUGCUCGUCGGAGACCCAACCUUGAGAUCAGGGGAGGAUGAACAGCGUCAACUCUGUCACCGCUGCUUCAGCAACAAGCAGCAGGACCCCUUCGGUGGAGCGCCCUGUACGGGCAACGACACCCAAGCUCUACCCGCCAGUAUGUGCGGCGGGGGGAUCAGGACGACUAUAACAUUUCCAACCUGCUGGGACGGCGUGAACGUAGACAGUCCCGAUCACAAGAGCCACGUCGCCUACCCAGCCACUGGCACCUUCGAAACCACAGGGGAAUGUCCUGCAUCGCAUCCUGUACGCCUCCCACAGCUUAUGUACGAGGUUAUGUGGGAUACCACUGGCUUCAAUGACCCAGACCUAUGGCCGGAGGAUGGGUCGCAGCCCUUUGUCUACUCGAUGGGCGACGUGACGGGUUAUUCGCAACAUGGAGACUACAUGUUUGGCUGGCAGGGUGAUGCCCUCCAGCGAGCCUUGGACGCGAGGUGCACUGGCGACACGUGCAGUCAACUCACACGGCAGACUGCUGAUAUGGCACAACAAUGUACCAAAGCCCAGAUGGUCAGUGAGGAUAUAGAAGGCUGGAUGGAUACCCUGCCUGGUGAUGUGGUCAUCAACAACCCGUAA